AUGAUAUCAGGCAAACAGCUCUAUUUGGACAAGUUGCACUACCAUCGGCCCUAUCCAAACCAGCCACCCCCUCUCUCAUCCCCAAUAGCUACGUACUCUUCCGUCAUCAUCAUCAUGGCCACCUCUAAGGAGAACACCCCUCCCAUGAUCUCCAUAACAACAGUCCAUGCCGAAGGCGAAAUUGGCGACGUAAUAACCUCUGGCAUCCCGGACCCUACCCACCUCCCCACCAUGUACGCCAAACUAUGUCACUUUCGCGACAACGCCGACCAUUACCGCCAAAUGCUCAUGCAAGAGCCUCGCGGCCGUGUCUCCCAAUGUAUGAACAUUCUCCUAUCCCCAUGCGACCCCUCAGCCGAUGCUGGGUUCCUUAUCCUGGAAAGCGACGAGUAUGCCACUAUGAGUGGCAGCAAUACCAUCUGCGUAACUACAGUGUUGCUCGAGAGUGGCAGGCUAGAGAUGAAGGAACCGGUCACGACAGUCGUGUUAGAUACGGCGGCGGGACUGGUGCGCGUGAGAGCUGAAUGUGAGGGAGGAAAGUGCAAGACUGUUGAGUUUGACAACGUACCUUCCUUCGUUUACGAACUUGGUUACAAAGUCUCCGUACCUGGUUUACAGAAUGCCGAAGUGGAAGUGGAUAUCGUGUGGGGCGGUAUGUACUUUGUGCUCGUGGAUGCUGAGUCGCUUGACCUGGCUAUCGAGCACAAGUAUGGUAGGGACUUGGUGGAGUUGGGGCAGAAGAUUAUGAGGGCGGUUCAGAAAGUUUAUACGCCGGUCCAUCCGCUCAACGAGGGGAUCAAGGGGGUUAGCAUUUUGGGGUGGACAGGGCCACUUGUGGAGGAGGGAGAUGGGACGAAGAGUGCUAUCAAUACUGUUGUCGUUUCCCCAGGCCGAUUUGAUCGUAGUCCUUGUGGUACGGGAACUUCGGCGAGGAUGGCGGUGUUGCACAAGAAGGGGCUGCUGCAGGUUGGGGAGAAAUUCGUGCAUAAGAGCAUAAUUGGUACGGAGUUUCAGUGUAGCAUACUGGGUACGACGGAGGUUGGAAAGUACGAAGCGAUAUUACCAAGGGUGAAGGGAAGGGGAUGGAUUACAGGGUAUAGGCAGGUCUUGAUGGAUAACGGUGAUCCUUUUCCGGUCGGGUUUAGAGUUGGAGAUGUUUGGGGAAUGGAUGAGUGUUGA